AUGAUGUCUUUCAAAGUUCUCUCUCUGCUCCUCGCUUCUCUGGGCUUUGUUUUGAUGGAAGAAAACGUCUCAGGCAUAAGUAUAAGGACUCCCAGUGCCAGACCAGUGCAAAGACGCUACUCUGAGGCCACCCUGGCAAGCGAUUACAGCCGCACGAUGGAUAACAUGCUGAAGAAGAACUUUGUGGAAUGGUUGCUAGCCAGACGGGAGAAGAAAAGCGACAACAUCAUUGAGCCAUACAAGAGGGAAGCUGAGCCCCAAGUAUCGGCUGCGAAUGGCCAAAGAUUGGACCUGGGCACCCAGGAAGCCAAAGACUUCUUCACCUGGCUUCUAAAAGCCACGAAAAAGCAGAGUUUUACUUCUCUGGAAAGUUCAGAAGGUUUGAAGGAUGUUUUGAACCCGGAGUUUCUGACAUGGCUGAUGUCGACUGAUCUCUGCAGACCAACGACUAUGUAACUCCACGACCCUCCCAAGGUGCUCUCUCUUCAUCCUACCAAGACACGUGAGAAGGAGGAAGACGUCUUAUUUUCUCUCUGUUCUGUGCAUAUUGUCUAUUUUGCUAACGCAAGCAAUAAACAGUUUACUCUGAAGCUGAAAUAAGAUUCAGAUAAUACCCGAUUUGGGGAUGGGCUAUAAAACACUACUAAAUUGCUAAAAAAUAAGUGUCCUUCCAAACAAGGCUCAUAAGGGUCACAACACACCUUGCGAGUGUCAGUGAAUCCACCUACAGCUGACUGAACCAUACCACGGAACGAUCCCCAUUAGCAGGUUUUUGGGGGGGU